CCUCGAUACGUUUCUAAGCUUCUUCGAUGGAUUUUUCAGUCGAUGAUUCUGCUCUUGUUGAUUCUUCGAUUGUAUUGUGAAAUAGUUUCGCUUCUGAUAUACACGAUAACAUCGUACAUUCAAUUGGUGACAAUGAUUUUGAAGAUGAUCAUCUACUUGAUGUUGAAUUGAUCGGUAAGUAUAAGUUUUUCAUGUUGUAUUACAUUCGUUUAUUUGUGCGUGCAAUAUUGUGUAAUAGGUUAUGUUUUCUGUUUUAUGCCAUUGCUUUAGAAUUUGAAUUGUAUGAGUAUUGAUAGUUGUAUUGUCUAAAAUGUUUUGUUCUCUGAUUUUUUGUUUAGGAGAAGAAGAUACUAUUUCUAAAGUUUCUAAAUUGUUAUAUCUUCUUAACAGAGAUUCAUUGGAAAUUGUUCACCAGUCAACUGAGAGUAAAUCACUUGUUGGGCUUAGUGUUAAGUGUGAAUAGGAUGCUUAUAAACUUUACAAUGAUCAUGCUUUUGAAAAUGGAUUUGGUAUUCGUAGAUAUAGACAGAGGUUUAUGAGUGGCAAUGUAAGUUUGACUAUGAAGGCUUACUAUUGUUGGAAAGAAGGGAAGAAACUACAAAAGGGCACUGAAAACAAAAUGUAUACCAAGUUAGAUUAUCGUACUGGUUGUAAAGUGAAGUUACAGUUUUCUAUUAGUAUUGAUGGUGAAUGGACUGUUUCAAAGCAUAUUAUUGAUCACAACCAUGCUUUUUGUCCAAUUGGUCAAAGACACCUGCUGAAAUCACAUAGAGGUGUUGAUCGUGAGUAUCUUGAGUUUAUUAUGUUGAUGAAGGGGAGUGAGACAAAGGUUUCAGAUGUUCACAGGAUGCUUCAAAAACAAGCUGGUGGUGUUAGUGCUCUUGGAUUCACGAAACGUGAUGCUUAUAAUGUUCUAGAAUCUGAAAGAAGUAAAACGUUUGAUGGCACUGAUUCGAAUACUUUGAUUGGUAUAUUGAAGAAAAGGGCUGAAGUGGAAUCUGAUUUUUUUCUUUGAUUUUGAGCUGGAUGAUGGUUUACUGAGUUCUUUUUUCUGGAGAGAUGGUCAAAUGAGAUCUUAUCAUGAAAGGUUUGGAGAUCUAGUUGUGCAUGAUACAACUUAUAGGACUAACAAGUAUGAUAUGAUCUGUGGUCCGUUUAUUGGUAUGAAUCACCACUGUAAAAAUAUAAUGUUUGGUUGUGGCUUUAUGUUGAAUGAAAAGGUGGAGUCUUUUGUUUGGUUAUUUCAGACUUUUCUGAAAUCUAUGGGUGGUAAACACCCCAUCAGUUUCAUGUGAGACCAGUCAUUUUCCAUGGCAGCGGCUAUCAAUCUGUGUUUCCUGGGGCAAGACAUAGACUCUGCACUUGGCAUAAUGAGAAUUCAAAGAAACACAUUAUGCAUUUACGCAAGAAGAUAAACUUUGUUCCUCUGUUCGAUUAUGUUGUCAAACGAUGUGAUAAUGUUGCAGAGUUU